AUGGAUAUGUAAAAUAAUUCUCUCAACAAGAAAAGUGAAAAUACUAUUGACAUUAGCUAGCCUCUUACUUCUUAAAAAUAAUCUUAUGAUAAUUUAGAGAAAAUAAUGAGAGAGUAACUAGAAAGUUUGAAAAAUAGCGCAAACAUUUUAAGAUCAAAUGGUUAAUCUAAUAUUAAUAAUGAAGGAUUUCUAAGUUAAUGCUCAAAUAGAAUUAGAAUUAGAUAGAAAAGUAACAUAAGAAACAAGAUAGAAUAAAAUCAAAAAAAUAUACUUUCAAUUAAUGAAGAGAAACUAAUAAAAAAUGAAAAUGAUGAACCUAAUAGAAAAGAUAAAUCAGUCAAUCAAAAUAACCAUUUUAAUAAAAAUAAUAAUAACGGUAAUAUUUUAUAAGUAAUAAGACAUGAUAAAGAAAAUAUAAGAAUUAGCACUGCUUCAUAAAAUAGGGACUAACAUAUUUCAUCUAAAAUAGAAGAAAGGCUUGAAGAAAACUAAUCCAGUUAACCAUCUUCUUUGGUUUAAUCUCCUAGUAGAAAAAGAAGCAAUUUCGUAGUUGGGAACUCCUUUGUUGAAAAUAGAUUAAAUUUUGAUAACAACAAACCCUAUUUAUUUAAAAGACUAAAAUAACAAUUAGAUAAUAGUAAAGGGUUCAGCUUUUAUCAAGAUGUUGGUGAAAAGAAAGGCAGUUCAUUACAAACUAGCACAAUACAAUCUAGUUAUUAUAAUAAUAGUAACAACAGCAGUAUUAUUAAUAGUAACAAUAACAGUAAUAUAAUCAGAAUUAGGAGCAAAAACCCCAAAGACUUAUCUGAUUUAAGUAAUAUUCAUACUCAAAUUUCUAACAACAAAUCAACUUUAAGAUCAAAUAAAAAGGAGGAGCAGAAUAGCUCUUUGUAGAACUCUUUAGCAGAUUCUUAACUUUACUAAUAACAAAUUAGAAAAAGAAAUUCAUUAUACUAAAAUUCUACAUAAAAUUAGUAAAUAAAUAAUAAAAUAAACAGUUAAAAUCAGAGAAAUGGAAAUGGCUUAAGCAAUCAGCACAAUUUCUACUCUAUAAAAAAUUCAGUAAGCUAAAACACUUCACAAAAAAGAGAUAAUAGCAACUCUUUGAAUUAAAAAUAUCCUACAUUGAUGAGAAGAAAUGAUAAUAACUAGUUGGUUAAAGUUUUUCAGAAUGAAACAAAAAAUAGAGAUAAGCAAGACACUCUCAGACUAAUUUAGAUAAAAAAGGAAUAAGAGGACUUGAUAAGACAACAAAAUGAAUAGAGAAAACUUGAAAUUAUUAAAAAACAAAAAGAAAUAGAUAGUCUUUUUUAAACAACAAAAGAAUAACUAUAUGGGAGCUAAAUUGAAAAAAUGAGCAGCGUUGGUUAACACAUUUACCAGCAGAGAGAGAAAUACUUUAAUUAAUUAAAAAAUAAUUAACAACUCUAGUUACCAUAAAAAGAUAAUGAACCCAGUCCACCUCAAUACACUCAUGAGUCUCUUGCAUAUGCAACACAAGGAACUUAGCUGAAUGAACCAUAUUCAAAAUUAAAUGCAUAGUAAAUUUAAAAUGGAGAUGAUAAGAUAAAAAUGAUAUUAAAAAAAAGGAAAAAAAGUUCAAAAAAGAACAAGAAAAAAAAGAAAGUAAUCCCUAUUAAAAUAGAGCAAGGAGAAAAUGGAAAUUAUAUUAUUAAUAAAAAAGAAAAAAAAUAAUUAACCUGUAGAAAUAACGAUAAAAGCAAUAACAACAGCGAUUAAUAAUAGCUAAGUAAUAAUAAAUCAUCAAAAAACUGCUUAAUUAAAAAGAAGAAAAUUAGUAUUAGAUAUUAAGAUUAAAAUAUUAAGUCAAGCUAAGAGUAGGCUAGGAUAGAUGAAUUGAUUUUGCAAGAUAUAAGAAAUUCUGACAUGCUCUAUCCUAAUAGCAGUAGAAAAGAUUAUUAGCUAAACACGUUUAGAGCUCUUUAAAAUCAUGCAGACUAAAUAGAUAAAUAAAAUAAGGAAACUCAUAAUAAAAAUUAUGAUAGCGGAUCUAUAAUAUAUUAAAAUUUAGAUGAUGAUUAUUAUUCUUUAAAAACUUAAUAAUAAUAGAAGAAUACAACUAACAUUUCUAGAUUUUCAAAUAAAAAAUAAAUAAGUCAUAGAAAUCCAUUAUCUUCUCAUGAUAAGGAUGAUAUGGAAGACCUUUUUGAUGUCAAGAUAAAUACCGGAUAAAAUCUUGAUCUUUUUAAGCUUUAGUCUUUUCCUAAAAUAAAUGACUCAUAUGAAACCUUUAAUGGAAACAAAGACAAUAAUUUUAAAUAAGAUUUUUUCAAUUCGAAUAAAAAAAUAUCUGAUUCUGAAAAUGAUGAAGAAGAUGAAGAAGAAGAAAAUGAUGAAGAUGAAUAGUAUGAUAUCAUAGAAAGUGAUAAAAAAAACAUAAAAGAAAAAAAAAUUAGCUUUUAAUGA